AUGAAGCAGCGCCCGGCCUGCGAGCUCUGCGACGGCGAGGCGGCGGUCUUCUGCGGGCCGGACGCGGCCUUCCUCUGCUGGGCCUGUGACGCGUCCGUCCACGGCGCCAACUUCCUCGUGGCACGCCACGUCCGCCGGGUCGCCUGCAACGCGUGCCGCUCUCUCGACACCGCCCGUCACGUCUCCGGCGCCACCCCGCAGCGGGUCAGCCCACUCUGCGCUUCCUGCGAUCCCGAUCCCUCCCCCUCCCACUCCGCUAUCUCCUCGUCCUCAAGUUCUUGCCUCUCCACCUCCGAGUCCAGGGCGGCACAUCGGGCGGCGAAGCCCGCCCCUCCGCGUCGGGCUGCCGCGAAAUGGCAGGGCAGGGACGCGGACAAGAGGGCGGCGGGGGUCCUUCUCUGCUGGAGCAGGAGGAUGGGGCUGCGCAGUCGACGGGCGUGCAUGGAAGUGGCGGCGCGCGUGGUUUGCGCGUGCGAGGAGGCGACCGCGGCCCUGCCACUACGGGUGGCACUCGCGGCCGCUCUUUGGUUCGCCACCAAACUCUGCAAGGACGAGACGUCGCCGGCGGAGAGGGGCGCAGAUGCGACGCUACGGCGGCUGGAAGCGUGCUCCGGUGUACCCGCGAGGCUCAUCCUCGCCGCCGAGUCACGGAUCGCCCGGUUCGCCGAGCGGGUCCGAGUGGCCGAGGAGGGGUGGGCCGAGUGCUCGUAG